CACUCAGCAGGGGGAGCCGCCAUGGCACGGCAGCAUGCCCGGACCCUGUGGUAUGACAGACCCAAGUAUGUGUUCAUGGAGUUUUGUGUGGAGGACAGUACUGAUGUCCAUGUGCUCAUUGAGGAUCACCGAAUCGUGUUCAGCUGUAAGAAUGCUGAUGGAGUAGAGCUUUACAAUGAGAUCGAGUUCUAUGCCAAGGUGAACUCCAAGGACUCCCAGGAUAAGCGCUCCUGCCGCUCCAUUACUUGCUUUGUGAGGAAAUGGAAGGAGAAGGUGGCCUGGCCCCGGCUCACAAAGGAGGAUAUCAAGCCAGUGUGGCUAUCUGUGGACUUUGAUAACUGGAGAGACUGGGAAGGGGAUGAAGAGAUGGAGCUGGCUCAUGUGGAGCAUUAUGCAGAGCUUUUGAAGAAGGUCAGCACCAAGAAACCACCCCCUGCCAUGGAUGACCUGGAUGAUGAUUCUGACAGUGCUGAUGCAACAAGCACUUGACUGCAUCAGAUGGAAGGAUGGGGGAGGAGUAGACUGGUGGGACUUCUGACUUCCUGCUGAUUGGUUCAUAAUCUCUGUGUUUGGGCUGCUUGA